AUGCCGUCACAAUUCUUCCAGCUACAGAAGGAGAAGGAGGUGGAGGAGGAAGGCGGGGUUGCAUGUGUUGUCUCGGUUUAUUCCAAUGGAAAGCCAGUCCCCAGCUCAUCCCUGGUGACGUAUAACCCCGAUCAGUUGCCUCCAGAGAACUCCUCCUUCCUGGAGAGGAACUUUGUCUGUCGCUUCCGCUGUCUCCUCGACAACUCCUCUGGCUUCCUGGCCCUGACCCUCCAGGGCCGUCUGAAGUUCCUGCAUGGCCAGAACUGCCACCUGGAUGACGGCUGCAACGUGCCCCCCCAGCUGGCCCUGUUUGCCAUCGCUACCCCCCUCCAGCCUCCAUCCAUCCUGGAGAUCAGGACCAAGAACAUGAUCUUCAGGACCAAACACAAGCUGGACUUCACCCCCAUGGCCUGCGACGCCAAGGGGAAGAUUGUGCUGGGCUACACUGAGGCUGAGCUCCGGGUUCGAGGCUCUGGAUACCAGUUUAUCCAUGCAGCUGAUAUGCUCUACUGUGCUGAGAACCACGUCCGCAUGAUCAAGACAGGAGAGAGCGGGCUGACGGUGUUCAGACUGCUCACUAAGGAUAACCGCUGGAGGUGGGUCCAAGCCAACGCCAGACUGGUCUACAAGAACGGCAAGCCUGACUACAUUAUCGCCACCCAGAGGCCCCUGGUGGAGGAGGAGGGAGGAGAGCACCUGAGGAAGCGUUCCAUGCACCUCCCCUUCACCUUCGCCACGGGCGAGGCGCUUCUCUACCAGAGUAGCUACCCCAUCCACGGCCUCACCGACUCACUCCAGGCUAAAGGCAAGACCAAGUCCAAGAAGGGCAAGCUGGACAAGAACUCGUCGAAGGAUCACGGUGGACUGGACCCCAGCUCCUUGCUUGGGGCACUGAUGAGGCAGGAUGAGUCCGUGUACGUGUGUCAACCAGCCGUCGAGCCCAAGAUGUCCUUCCACAGUAGUCUGUUUAGUGAGCGAGGCGAGGGYGAAGGGCAGAGCAGUGGAGGCUAUAGCGGUGGCCCUCUGGGUGGGGGUGUGGGAAAGAGCUGGAGCUCCUUGCCCAACGCGGUCACCACCUCCACUGGCCCCAACGGGGAGCCUCCAUCCAGCUUCGACCCACUGCUCACCACCCUGGACUCACUAUCUCUGGAGGGGGACGAGACAUGCUCUAACAGCGAGCUGUUCUCUGCUCUGGAGAACUUGGGUCUGAACGCAGAGGAUCUGGAGCUACUGCUGCUGGAUGAGAGGAUGAUCAGAGUGGAGAUGGAUCCAGACUACAUUCCCUCGCUCAACGACCUGCUCACCAACAACGAGAUCCUGUCCUACAUCCACGACUCGCUGGAGAGCAAGACCGAGGAGGACCAGGGUCGGGACAGUCACGUGUCCAUACCACCACCCUCAACCACAACCCAUCCCCCUGGCCCUAUCCUUAAUUCCACCCUUAUCCCGAACCCUUAUAACCAAGCCACCCCCACGUUACCCCCUCACAGACUACCAAAGCAGCCACCCAUAGUGCAGCUCUCCCAGCAGAUGCAGACGCACCUCAACUUAGCAAAGCCCGUUCUGGCAAAAUACCCCUGGCCCCCGACACAAACGGACGUCCCCACGCCAAGCCAGCCAGACACACUGCAGCACACAAACUCACUAACCGUGGUCCAUAAUGGUCACUGGCUUCCCCAGCAGCAGCAUAUGCAUGCGGGGCUGGACGACCACUGCCACAGCAUUCACCCCCUGGUCAACGGUAAGACAUCCCAGCUGGGGCCUCAAGGGGCCGGGCAGCUCAAAAACCACCAGCACCAGAACAUCAUCCAUCUUCAGAGCCAGUGGCAGCAGCAGAACCAGCACCUACAGGUCCAGCUUCAGUCUCAGUGCCAUUUCAGACAGCAGAAGGCUAGUAGCAGCAGCAGUGCCUCUCUCAACGGCAUGCACCCUGAUCCCGAUUGGCAGAGGUACGGCUACAACGACCAGUUGGGACUGACAGCUAAUGGAGCUAAUGGAGCCUGCACCGUCUCCUACACCAACGGGCGCGCGGACUCCCUCUCACAUGCUACAGGAGGUGAGGUCACCCGCACGGAUUACGGUAUGGGUGCUUCGACUACCGUGGGCAUGGUCAUGAACUGGGGUACGGUAGGGGGCACAGGUCACUACCAGGGACAAGGAGGGMUGACCGCUAACCCCUCAGACCAUCUGGAGCAUCACAAACAACAUUAUCCACAGGUCCCAUCCACCUACUUAGAUUACAUCCUGGGGCUAUCYCAGCCUCAACACACCACGCCUUCUCUGGGCGCCUACGGCGUUUUGAAUAGCCCCGCUUCCCAAGAUGCCACUCACUGCAAGAUGGAGAGCGGCUGCAUCCUCAACGACACCAACGUGGCUUACACAGGGAGCUGUCUACUGCCCAAUGUGAACGGCCAGACAGCCAGCGACAGUCUCCCCCAGCCCGACGCCCUACAGACCCUGCCCACCCUCCAGACCCACAGACUACUGGCUUCUACCUCUGAGAGGGGGGAGCGGGGUUCAGCAAGAGACCAYCGGCAGCACUCUGAGAGCGGUUGGCUUAGCGAGAAGGAUGGUUCCAGCAUCAUGGAUCCUUGCUAG